AUGUGUGCGUGGGCGCGUAUAACGCCGCAACUUUCCCGACCAUUGUUUCUGUUCAAUUCAAGAACUUACGCUACCACCAAGACACAGGCAGCGUCAUCUUCAUCUUCGUCGUUGCUUGGCUCGUUGACGCCUAAUGUUUCUACAGAGAAAGAUUUACUUCCACCACGAAAAGAUGCAGAAGAAGCAUCGAAUGCUGCUAUGGAAAAUGAGGUUAAGUACGUCAAACCGGAAGAAGAUGCUAAGCUUCAAGAAUACUUGAACCCCAAACCAUACAAGACGGUGAACUCGUUACUUUCACCUCUCAAGAGAAGGCUUUAUCUUGAUAACGUGACGAAAAAUGGGUUUUUCAAGAAUGGAGAUCUUAUUACUCUUCCUGACGGAAUAAGUUAUAGACUAAAGUUGUCCAGAGAAGAGAUUGAAGCUUUAGAACCUUCUAUUUAUUUGAGGUCUUGGAGAAUCAAGUCAUCUGUCAAGAAGACCAACAUCGUUCUUAGAGCAUUAAAGGACCUUCCAUUGAAGAAAGCAAUCACUCAACUACACUUUAUGCCGAAGAAAGUUGCCAGAGAUCUGUUUGAGAUGCUUGAAAGAGGACUACAGGAUGCUGAGAAGAUGAAUUACGAUGUUAACAGUAUCUACGUGGCUGAAAGUUGGGUUCAUACAGAUGGUCACUGGGCUAGAAGAAUAGAAUGUAAAGGUAGAGGAAGGACUGGUAUUAUUACCCAUCGAUGGAUCAGUGUGAGAUUCUUAUUAAAGACGGAACAAACCAAAAAGAGAUUGGCGUAUGAAGCUGAAAGGAGAAGUGAUAAAAGGAUCGCAAAGUGUGUCCUUACCAGCGAGAAGAUCAGAGGUCCGUGCCAGGGCUACUACAAGUGGUGA